AUGCUGCUCCGACUCCCCAACUCCCUCCAUUACCCAAUUACCAUCACAAAGAUCGAGAAACGCGUCGGCGAGUUCAUUCAGAUAGACGAUCAGCUCUUCCUUUAUUCCUACAAAACAAAGCGACAAGAAGCCAGAGGUCGCUAUGAUGAAGAGGAUGUAUGGGUUGAGCGCGAGCUUACGACACACUUUGCGAGCACACUAGAAGGCACCAUUGCACAGUGGCGCGUUUGGGAUGGUGAUGUUAUACCAGGCCCCUGUGACGUCUGCGAAAUCACUGAGGAAUGUCCGCAUGAGGUCCAGUUCAAUGGAUUGUGUACGAACUGCGGCAAGGACCUUACCAGGGAGAUGCCUGGAGUGGCACCCUCCAUCGAACGAGCACCCAUCCGUAUGGCACACGACACCCCUCAUUUAACAAUCAGUCAAGAUGAGGCCGCAAAAAUUGACGAAGAGUCUAAACAGAGGUUGCUGGCGGCGCGCAAAUUGUCCUUGGUGGUCGAUCUGGACCAGACAAUCAUUCACGCCGGCAUUGACCCAACUAUCGGCGAAUGGCAGAGAGAUCCAGAAAAUCCCAAUCACAGCGCAGUCAAAGACGUCCCUGCCUUCCAGCUACUAGACGAUCCGGCUGGUAUGCGUGGCUGUUGGUACUACAUCAAACUGCGCCCCGGCUUGACCGAGUUCCUGGAGCAUAUCUCCCAGCUAUAUGAGCUGCACAUCUACACCAUGGGAACGCGUCAGUACGCCAGACAAAUUGUCGAAAUUGUCGAUCCUGAGCACAAGUUUUUCGGCGACAGGAUAUUGAGCCGCGAUGAGAGCGGCAGCAUGUCUGUCAAGAACUUGGAGAGAUUGUUCCCCAUCGAUACGAAAAUGGUUGUUAUUAUCGAUGAUCGUGGUGAUGUCUGGAAAUGGAGCGCCAACCUUGUACGUGUGACGCCCUUCGACUUUUGGGUUGGCGUUGGAGAUAUCAACUCGAGCUUUCUGCCCAAGAAGGAGGAGAUUCAGGCCACUACAAGCGACCCGGCGCCGAAAGUGCCAGAAACGGUCAUUGAUGACGAGGGCGGCGAGAAUUCCAACGGUGUUGCGGCAGAUGGGACUUCAACAUUACAGAAUGGCACAUCAGCGCUCGAGAACAUCCUUGCAAUGAGUGGCAGUAAUGAUCCUGCGGCGCGUCAAGAGCAGACCGAGUCACAGGAGAAAAUGAUCAACAAAAUCCUCGAGGAAAAGCCGCUAGAGCGCAUGCAACGUGAGCAGGACGAGAAAGAUGCCGCUGCAGAAGCUGCAGCUCCCGUCACUGGUGACGAUGAACAACACACAAACGGCGAGUCUAACACUGCCACACUUGCACAAGCCACAACCCACACCACAGACUCCGAUUCCGAUUCCUCUACGGAGUCUCAGAGCGGUACACCUAAGAAAGCCGUUGCUCGACAUUCCAUUCUCAAAGACGACGACGAGGAGCUCAUCCACCUCGAAGCAGGUCUGACCGCUGUGCAUGCGGCGUUCUUCAAGGAGUGGGAUCGUAGACGUAUCUCUGGUAAGGGUGGCCGCGUAGCUGCCCUGGCCGGGCAGAAAAAGGCCCCGCUACCUGACUCGUCGGCCGACGACGAUGGCCCAGCGAAUCUCGCCCUUGUGCCAGACGUCAAGCGUGUCAUGCCAGCGAUGAAGAUGCGCGUCCUUUCAGGCGUCGUAUUGGUCUUCUCGGGCGUCCUCCCUCUCGGUACAGACAUUCAGUCAGCUGAUAUUUCUACCUGGGCCAAGACCUUUGGAGCCACCGUCCGCGAGGAAGUAGGUAGGGAUGUUACACAUGUCAUCGCCGCACGAGCUGGUACAGCGAAGGUCAAGCGCGCUGUGAAGCGAGGCAUAAAAAUCGUGAGCACUGCGUGGCUGUUCGAAAGCAUGGUUCGGUGGCGCAAACUCGAUGAGCGGCCCUACCUGCUUGAAGGCGCGGGGAAAUUAGAAGAUGCCCCAGCAUCAAGUCCGACUCGAGCUCCGGAGACUGAGGGAUUCGGCGCGAUUAGUUCUGACCUUAUGCUCAGCGAUUCCGAUGACACCGACCUUUCCACAGACGAAGACGGUGCAGGCUCCAGCCCAACACGGAAGCGACUCAAGUUGGACACCGCUCUCGACGGGCUGGACGAUGAUGAAGAAGAGUACUCUCCGCCAACUUUCAACCAGGAGGAGUACGACAAAAUCCAGGAGGAGCUGCGCGAGUUCAUGGGAAGCGAUAUGGACUCGGAGAGCGACAAUGAGAGCGUGCGCUCCGAACUCAGCGUACGAGCAAAGAAGCGUCGACGAGGAGAAAUGGAAGACGGCACCGACGGCACGAGCAGUGACACCGAUGGCAACGUAUUGGACGUUACAAAGAAGCGGCCAGCUACCGGCUCAAGACUUAAGGAAAUCCAGAGUCUGGCAAGUGAGAAAGCGACUUCGCCUCUGCAAACUUCUACUUCAUCAAACUCGCUUUCACCUCCAGUCUCAGCAUCAACAAAGUAUACGCAACCCAGCAAUAUCUCCAAAGCCGAACUCUCUGAGGAGGCGGCGGCGGCAGCUCGACAGCAGCGUGAUGAUGAGCAGAUCGAGCGUGAGCAAGCGGCGGCAGAGUCCGAAGACCGACAAGUACAAGCAGAAGAGCUCGACAGUGACGACGAGGAUGAGCGUGAGCUGGAGGAGAUGCUAGCUGGCGGUAGCGAUCUUGAGGAUGAACGAGAGCACAUGGAGGAGGUCACCGAUUUGCAGGAGCGGUGGGCGAUGUGA